UCUCUCCUCCCCUAUAAUAUAAUCAUCUUCCCCAACCCCUCUUUCUCUCUCACGCUGACCUCUCUGUGAUCAUCUCUCUUCUGCUUGCUUUUGCUUUUUGUCUGCACAACCAUCUUCCAUCUCCAUAGCCAACCUACCUUCCUCCAUCUUCACAAGCUUUCUCUUAUUCCUUCCCCCAUCUGCACACAUCACGCUCAUGCAUGAUGCACCUUCGAUUCUUUCUGUUUCUCUCUUAGCUUAAGCUUCAUUCUAAGUUCAUAACUCUGGAUCCUUUCUCUCCUUCUGUUCCUUAGACAAACUUCUAUAAAAGCCUCCCAAUUAUGUAACUUCAGUCUCAUCCUCUUUCAAUCCCCACUCAAAAAACCAAAAAAAAAAAAAGUUUGAUUUUUAGGCUUAUCAUUAUGAAUAUCCUCCUGCAAUUCCACAGCUGAGUUUCUGAUCAAGCUUUUCAAUCUGGGUCCGCUGUUCUGUCUCAUUAUUCCUUAGAAAACACAUUUACAAAAACCUUCCAAUUAUGUAACUGUAGCCUUUCAUUUCUUCCACACUCCCAAAAAAAACAAAAAAAAAAAAGUUACUGCGUUUAAUCUUCGAGUUUGAAAAAUGAAGUAGCAUUCGCUUAAUUGGGCAUAUAUCCUUUUUUUUCCUUUUUUAAUCUGCAUCAAUUUGGUCGAGUUUCCUUGCUUUUAUAGAAAACAGAAAAACAAAUGGCGGAAUCGGAGAUGGGGACGCCGACGGCAGCGUCGGCACCUGCGACGCCGGGGACUCCGGCGCCGCUUUUCACGUCGCUGCACGUGGACUCUCUGUCAUACGACCGGAACUCAAUGCCGAGGUGCCAGUGUUUGCCAACAAAGAGCCACACCUGCUUCGCUGAUUUCUCUGUCCCCGAUGUGUCUCUUACGCGCAAGAUCGGAGCAGAGUUUGUGGGCACCUUCUUACUGAUGUUUGCGGCGUCGGCGGGUCCCAUCCUGAACCAGAAAUACAACGGAGCUGAGAGCCUGUUGGGCAACGCAGCCUGUGCCGGCUUAGGUGUCAUGAUCAUAAUCUUGUCCACCGGCCACAUCUCCGGCGCUCACCUCAACCCUUCCCUCACCAUCGCCUUCGCAGCCUUCCGCCACUUCCCCUGGAUCCAUGUCCCCGCCUACGUCGCCGCUCAGGUCUCUGCGUCCAUCUGCGCCUCCUUCGCCCUCAAGGGCAUCUUCCAUCCUUUCAUGUCCGGCGGCGUUACGAUUCCUUCCGUGAGUACUACAGUCAGCCAGGCUUUUGCUCUCGAGUUCCUUAUUACUUUCAAUCUCCUCUUCGUCGUCACUGCCGUUGCCACUGAUACUCGCGCUGUUGGGGAAUUGGCUGGGAUUGCUGUCGGAGCCACGGUGUUGCUCAACAUUCUCAUAUCUGGGCCGGCGAGUGGCGGUUCAAUGAACCCGGUUCGCACCUUGGGUCCGGCCGUGGCAGCGGGGAAUUACAAGCACCUAUGGAUAUAUCUGAUUGCGCCCACCCUCGGAGCUCUGGCCGGUGCCGGUGUUUAUACUCUCGUCAAGCUCCGCGACAACGAGGCUGAGCCACCACGUCAGGUUCGGAGCUUCCGUCGCUAGACAGCUAGCCACGCUGCUUCAGCACCUCACAGUGGUUACUGUAAGAUAUAA